AUGGUCAACGACAGUCCAAAUGAUGAUUUGACAAAUUCAACUCCAAGACAAUCUGGAAAAUCUGACCGUGUACGUAAAAACGGAAAAUCGCAAUCGAAAGAUGAUACUCAAAAAACUUCACAGUAUUCUCCAUCAAAUGGUACGAGCAAUAAAAAUGAAGAAGCUAUGAAGGAACUAUUUAGUGACUACAAAGUAUUUGAAAAUUGGUGUUCUAUAGAAUAUUAUGAAUUCAACACCCAAGUAGGUGAGACAUUUCAUGUAACAAAUAAUUCUCUGGAAGUAAAUGUCAAUAAUUACAUGAAUCAGAGUAAUAAUAAUACUAGUUUUUGCUUGGCUUCAAUUACUAACAAGUCUCGCAAUAAAAUUAGUGAACAAAUAAAGAAGAAUAUCGGCCAGGGUAUCAUUAUGUACUUGCAAACGAAUGGCGAUAUUUGGUUGCGACAGAACUGCAGUCAAAAGAUUAAUUUCCACCCAGCUUCAAAAUUACUUGAUAUUCUUCUUAGUCAGUGA